CCGAGACGACCAUCUUUAAAGUAAAAAAGGCAAGAUUUGCGUGCCCCUCUCGGUGGCAGAGAGUUAAUGCUUCAGGCUUGUUUGCCCCUCAUUACUGUCGCCAAAACACACGCUAGAAUACGGCAUUACGUAAGCAAACAGUGUUGUUUUACGUUCACAGAUACGACACAUGCGAGUUUGUCAAAAAGCACAACAGACUGUUGAAUGUACUUAGUUGAAGGUGGAUGGUGCUUAUCAACCUUCCAAGAUGGAUCCGGUUGUCCUGAGUUACCAAGACAGCUUGCUGCGACACUCUGAUGUGGCUCUUCUUGAUGGCCCCCACUGGCUGAAUGACCAGAUUAUUGGCUUUACCUUUGAGUACUUUGCCACAGAAAAAUUCAAGCACCUCUCUGAAACUGUCUGCUUCAUCAGUCCAGAAGUCACACAGUUUAUCAAAUGUGCAUCCAGCCAGGAAGAGCUUGCCUUGUUUUUAGAGCCGCUGGGGUUGCCUUAUCGAAACUGGAUUUUCCUGGCAGUAAAUGACAAUAGCAACCAAUCUGCAGGGGGCACACAUUGGAGUUUACUGCUGUUUUGUCGGGACGUCUCUUGUUUUAGUCAUUUUGACUCGCAUAGCGGCAGUAAUUCUUUGCAUGCCCGCCGCAUUGCAGCAAAACUGGAAGCCUUCCUGGGGACUGUUGGGAAGGGGUCUUUUGUGGAGGAGGUUGCACCCACUCAGCAGAACAGCUAUGACUGUGGGAUGUAUGUAAUCUGCAUUGCUGAGCUGUUGUGUGAGAGUAUAACUACAGGUAGCACGCCUCGUUUACUUCUUCAACACAUUACUCCAUCAUAUAUCACGCAGAAGAGGACAGAGUGGCAAAGAUUGAUUGAAAAGCUGGCCAAGAAGUGACUACUAUAACUUGUUCUUCCACUGCCUUUAAAGUAUAAACUGGGAAUCAAUGACCCAAUUCAUAAUGAAAACUCAUAGCCUUAAAAAGUUUCGAGAAUAGCUAUGCUAUUUUCUGAUCAUUUUAGAUGAAGAAUCAUUAAAGCAUGUGCCACCAUGGUAAAGCUCUUGUAAUGCUGCAUUUAAUGUGGAUGUCUGCUUUAAACAAUUAUCAUCUUGUAACACUGCUGUAUGAUAUAAAGCAGUUAGUCCACCUCUAAAAUUGUAGUUCAGCCAGCUUUUAAUCUGUAAAUCUUGCUUUUGUGCAUCUCAGCUGAAGAUCUUACAGCAUUGUAGUUUCAGUUGUCAGGCAGCACUAAACAAUGAGCCUAAAGUCCAGAUAACAUUUCAGAUGGCAUCUCAGGUUCACUCAGUGUUCUACACUGCAGCACAAGCAUGUGGACCGCCUGGCCGCUGGAAAACGAAUACUCUUCCCCAACAGGAUGUGUGAGGCUAAAUUGGAAAUGCAUACAAAAGGAGCAAAUA